AUGGUCCCCAACACUGAAAAUGGCCCGGUUCGCGCAUCAGGGCUGCGGCCCCCAAGUCGCAUCCCGGCGACUGCGGGCCUGACUGACAUGUCGGCCUCUGACAACAAUGCGCGCGCAAUCCCGCCUCCGGCCAACCUGCUCAAGCACAAAGGCUCAGCCUUACCCGAGCCCGCCCCUAAGAGAAAGACUUUGGCCGAACGCGCUGGCGAACCUCCUGCUCGCAACACCAACAACACCUCCCGCGUUAUGAAACGCUCCAACACGACCAACAACCUAAACGCACGCAAGACCUCGGGAACCCACACGACCUCGUCCAUCCGUCCAGUAUCCGCCGCCGCUACCCAUCGAACCAAUUCCGCUCUUCCUCGAACUGGCUCCCGUAGCGCUCUAGCCGCUCGCCCUACAUCCGUCGUACACGACGACCAAGAUGACGAUGAAGAUCUAUCUUCGUCAAGCAUUCUUCCAAACAAGCGCAAGGCAUGGGAUACCAAAGGUCGCCUCGAAGACAUGGAGACCCUCUAUUCCCAACUCAAGUCACAACUCGAUUCCGCUGCCACAGAGAAGACUGGCAUGGAAGAGGGCAUAUCCCUAUACAAAACACGCUUAUCUGAACUGGAGCAGGCUCGCCUGCAACUAUCGACCGCCAACCAAACUCUGACCACCGAACUCACCGAGACCAAGGUAAAACUGUCUUCGGCAAAUUUGCAGCUCGACGACAUUCGACGAUCGCAUUCUUUUGAGAUUGACGAUCUGCGAAGGAAGAACCGCAACGAAAUCGAGGACAUCAAAGACGAUCAUCGCAAGGAGCUCGAACGGUUCCAGCGCGAAGCAAAGGACGAACUUGAUCGGGUCAGAAAGGAUGCCCAGGAAGAUGCCGACAGAGCAAACAAAACACGAAGGGAAGAGCUGGCUGAGAAAGAACGAGAACUCAGGGCGGAGCUUGACGAAGAGAGAAGCCGUAGAUUGCGCGAGGUGCAGGAGCUCACUACACAGUUCAGCAUGCAAAAGCUGACAGCAGACAACGAUGUCACGCAAAAAGAUCGAGAGCUGCAGAGCUUGCGCUCAGAGUUGAACGAAAUCAAGGCCAACCUGGAGUCAUCAAAUGCACUAAACACCAACUUGAAGGAAAAGUUGACCGAAGCCUCGACGAACACUCUCACCCUCGAAACCUCGAUGCGCGCUAUGAAGGCGAAGAUUGACUUCCUCGAAUCCGACAACCAAGCGCAGUCAAACGCCUUCCAGGACCUCAAUCAACAAAUGCUGGAUGCCCAGGCUGUGGCUAUUGAGGCGAAAGAGAAGCUGCGCCAGGAGGAAACCCUGAGAAGAAAACUACACAAUCAAGUUCAAGAGCUCAAGGGAAACAUUCGAGUUUUCUGUCGAGUACGACCAACACUGGGCGACGAGGAGACCAAAAAAGCAGAGCUCGCUUUCCCCGACGCCGAUACAGACAGCAAGGAGGUCGUUGUGCAGGGUCCGGAUCAAAAAAGUGCCAUGGGUACUGUGACCAAGGCCAACAACAACUUCUCUUUCGACAGAGUGUUUGGACCGUCUUCACAAAACAGCGAAAUCUUCGAUGAGAUUAGCCAGCUCGUCCAGAGCGCGCUCGACGGAUAUAACGUUUGCAUUUUCUGCUAUGGCCAAACCGGUUCAGGAAAGACAUACACCAUGUCUUCUGCUGAUGGCAUGAUUCCAAGCGCCGUGACCCAAAUUUACGAAACAGCCAAGAGCUUGGAGGAUAAGGGUUGGACAUACUCCAUGGAGGGAAGUUUCGUCGAGGUAUACAACGAGACUGUAAACGAUCUCCUCGGCAAGGCAGAGGAUUGGAACAACAAAAAGCAUGAGAUUCGUCAAGAUCCGGUCAAGCUGAAGACCACGAUUACGGAUGUGACGACAGUCGACCUAGACUCACCUUCACGCGUCAACGCUAUCUUGGACCAAGCCAACCGCAACAGACGGGUUGCCGCCACCCAGGCUAAUUCGCGCUCAUCACGAAGUCACUCGGUCUUUAUCCUCAGACUUAUCGGAGAGAACUCGACGACAGGAGAACGUUCUGAGGGUACACUUAACCUCGUCGAUCUGGCAGGUAGUGAACGUCUUGCCCACAGUCAAGUUUCAGGCGAUCGUCUGAAGGAGACACAGAACAUCAACAAGAGUUUGAGCUGUUUGGGAGAUGUUAUUGGUGCUCUAGGAUCAGGGAAGGAUGCGAAACACAUCCCGUAUCGUAACAGCAAAUUGACCUAUCUCUUGCAAUAUUCGCUGGGCGGAAACAGCAAGACAUUGAUGUUUGUUAUGGUCAGCCCUCUGCAGGCUCAUUUGUCUGAGACCUUGACCAGCUUGAAGUUUGCUACCAAGGUGCAUAACACUCACAUUGGAACCGCGAAGAGGCAAGCGAAGGUCAAGGAUUAG